CCCCGGUCAAUUUGGGGCACGAAUCUCCCGAAUAUAUUUAAGCCAUGUGCGGAAUACAAAUUCAAUUUAGUUGACAUUUUGACAUCGUGUUCUUCUCAUCCAAAAUUAUCUUACGUACCAAUUAUAUUAUUAUCGAUAUAAUCCUUCCUCAAUCUUCCUCUCGCAAGUGGAUCGUGACUAUUGUCAACAUCGACAUCGAUUCAUUUUCUGAAGUAAAACAGUUUCUUGGAUGUUCGUAAUUUUUUUCGAACAAAAAUAUAAAUACAAAUAACAAAAAGAAAUUGUUAUUUGUAAAAAUUGAAAAAUCGGUGGUGCGGUUAAAAAAAGGAAAGAAGAAAAGACAGUGCAGAGUAAAUUUACACGCCGUUUUUACGUUUAAAAGAAAUAGUUAAACUUUAAAAGUUAAAAUAAAAAUGGAAUCGACCAGUGCUAUUAUGUAUCCUAUUAUUAGCGAAAACGCUUUAAUGAUGAAUAUUGAGGCGUUCGAAAAGACAUCCUUAUCUCAAGGAUGCUUGGACAGACCCAUAGUUAGAGCUGCUGGAUUCCUUAAAAGGGAAUCAUCAACGGAGACCGUUGAUUUGAACAAAUUAUCACAGAAGAGUUCGUCCGUAAUUCAAUACGUUGAAGUUAUCGAUGCCGAGGGCCGUUUGUUCUGCGUAGAUGGUCUUGUGAGCACUUCUUGCUGGUUAAAAAUCGUUAAAUUUGCAAACGACUGUCAAAGUUGCAAUGUUCUUCUAAUGAUCAGUGACAAUGGUGUAGUGUUGAAAACGAUAAGAAAUGUAACUCCUGGGGAACCUUUGCUUAUGUGGUUUACAGAAAAUAUUCUAGCGAUGCUUAACAUCCCUUUCUUAACUCCCUCCAACAUCCAAGGUCAGAAUCGCUACAUCUGUCACAUAUGCAACAAGCUGUUCGAAUAUCCCAAUCCUUUGAAAAUUCACCUAGCCCUAAAGUGCAAUCGACUGGACACUAAUCACCUAUGGUCUAUUCUGACGAAAGAGUAUACCUUAUCGCCGAGGCCAAGCUUGGCUCUCAGCUUGUUUCCUCAGUCGACUUUCAGAUUCAAACUAACAAGAUCUCCAGAACCCUCGUCCACCAGAAUAUCGCCAAUCUUAGUAGAAACUAUGGAUAACAAUCUUAUUCCUCCUAGUAACAAUUCAUCAGAAUCAUCACAACAACCAUCUCCAUCAUCCUCGAAUCCGUUUUCCCCAAGUUCCAUGCAAGUUUCUCCAAACUCCUCGAUUCGAGUCUCUCCCACAGGCAAAGAUGUACUUCCCUAUCGUCAAUCUGCUUUCAAACCAUACACAAAUCAAAACAACAUGUUCACAAAUGUGUGCCCCUUAACGAGAGCCGAUAAUGUUUUAACAUCGUACAAUGUUCAAACGAGCACAGCAUCGAUCAGUGCUGAUGUUCACGCAGCGCAAAUGGAAACGAUAGUUAGCAAUCUUGGGAAAUCGAAGCAAGGGCAUCUUUGUAUUUAUUGUGGAAAAGUUUACUCGAGAAAAUAUGGCCUAAAAAUUCACAUUAGAACUCAUACCGGUUAUAAACCAUUAAAGUGCAAAUAUUGUUUGCGACCUUUUGGAGAUCCUAGCAAUUUGAAUAAACAUGUUCGAUUGCAUGCAGAUGGUGAGACACCUUAUAGAUGUGACUUGUGCGGAAAAGUUUUAGUUAGGCGAAGAGAUCUUGAGAGACAUCUAAAAUCGAGACAUCAAGAAAAUCAGGAUCAGAGUUCGGAUACCUCGUCCGAUGGAGUUGACGUUUAAGACACAUCAAAUACUAUAUUGUGAGACAGCAACUAUUAGUUUGCUUAGUUUACAUCUGCGAACAAAACUGUCUUCGAUAUUAAAAACAAUUAGUUCAUAUUAGUAAACAAAGUCAUUUGUGAAAUUGAAUCUCGUAAAUCUUAUAAAUUUUCAUUGGGACAUGUUUAUACAAUAAGCGUUUUUGUGAUCAAAAUGUCAAUUAUUUUUAUAAAAUGUUUGAAAUAUGAUUGUAAAUAUUUAAUUAGAAUAAGAAAAAUUAGUGAGAAAAGAUAUUAAUAUUUAAAAAUAUUUUAAACAAACAUCGUUAAAUGUUUUGUUUAAUAGACAAA